GACUCUGGUGAAGCGUUUCCAAAGUCUGGGUACUCCGGGAUGAAAAUAGUACUGUCUGUUGUGGUGACUGCCGAUCUGACAGCAGCUUGGCUUGGCCGAGUGCACCGGGACUCGCUCGUUCGUGCAGUUACCCUCGCCCUUUCCUGCGGUGCCUCCCGGCGGCCCUGGGCUCCUCAACGCCCACGUGUCUGUGCGCAGCUCUGGAGAGAGCCAUGGAGGUGCCGCCGCCGGCCCCACGGAGCUUUCUCCGCAGGGGUCUGGAUCCUUUCCCACGAGUGUCUGCCGCCGAAAGUGUGGCCGCUGACUCGGACGCCCUUGCGGGGGAUCGGGAGCUGCCUCCCUACGUUCCAGAACCCUAUUACCCGGAAUCUGGAUGGGACCGGCUCUGGGAGCUGUUUGUCAAAGAUGAACACCACAGACGGUCAAAGGAACUUCAAGAUAUCUUAAAGGCAUCAGUUACAGCAGGCGUCAUUGGCUGGGCAUAUGGGGGAAUACCAGCUUUUGUUCACGCUAAACAACGCUACAUUGAGCAGAGCCAAGGAGAGAUUUAUUAUAACCGGUUUGAUGCUGUGCAAUUGGCACACCGUGCUGGCACACGAGGCUUCCUUCGAUAUGGCUGGCGCUGGGGUUGGAGGACUGCAAUGUUUGUGACUAUUUUCAACACAGUAAACACCAGCCUAACUGUGUACCGAAAUAAAAAUGCACUAAGCCAUUUUGUCAUUGCAGGAGGUGUCACAGGAAGUCUGUUCAGAAUAAACUUAGGCCUGCGCGGUGUGGUGGCUGGUGGUAUAAUUGGAGCCUUGCUGGGGAAAGGGUAA